AUGUCAGACUCAGCUACAACUAUAGAAGAAGCUCCCGUUUCAAGAGUUCGCUAUGCCGGUGAACGUAAUGAAUAUCUUAUACUUGGUAACAAGAAAUAUGCUACAAAUGAAUUGAUGACAGCUUUUGGGGGUACAUUAAAUCCUGGAUUAAGUCCAUACCCUGUCCAUUCUUUCGCUAACCCAGCGCCUUUAGGACUUGCAGCCUUCGCGUUCACUACGUUUGUUUUAUCGCUAUUUAACUCACAGGCCAUGGGCAUUACCAUCCCUAAUGUGGUUGUGGGUUCUGCUUGUUUUUAUGGUGGUGCAGUUCAAUUCUUAGCUGGUAUGUGGGAGCUUCUUUUAGGAAACACCUUUGGUGCAACAGCUUUGACUUCAUAUGGUGCAUUCUGGUUAUCGUAUGCCUCCAUAUUUAUCGAAAGCUUUGGAAUUACCGCUGCUUAUGAAGACGAAAAAAUGCUUAGCAAUGCUAUUGGAUUCUUCUUGAUCGGAUGGGCCAUGUUCACAUUCAUGCUUUGUUUAGCCACUAUGAAAUCCACCUUGGCGUUUUUUUCGUUAUUUUUCUUCUUAACGAUUACAUUUGUAUUAUUGGCAUGUGGAGAAUUCAGUGGCAAAAUAGGUGUUUCAAGAGCUGGUGGUGUUUUCGGGAUUAUAACUGCCUUCAUUGCAUGGUACAAUGCAUUUGCCGGUGUUUCUAAUAGACAGAACUCUUAUUUUACAUGUAAUCCAAUUCCACUUACUUGGAAUAAGGAUUAG